CCUUCUGCUGCACGUCCCUGCCACCACUGGGGUUUCUGUUUUAUUUUCCUGGAGGGGAAAGGAGGGGGGGAAACCAAAACCAACAUGGUCUCCCCAUGUCCUCUGUUCCCCUUUUCCUCCUUCCCCCUUCCUUCAUCUCAGUAGGAAUCGGCUUUUUCUUACCCUGCCUAGAGCUUUGUUUCUCCUCAGGCUCUGAGAAGAAGACUCCAGCCUUUAGGAAACCAAGAUGGAUUACAGCUCGUUCAGCGGAGUCCCCCGGUUCUUGACCCGGCCUAAAGCAUUCAUGGUGUCUGUGGGGAAGGAUGCCACCUUGAGCUGCCAGAUCAUUGGAAACCCCAUCCCAGUUGUGAGCUGGGAAAAGGAUAAACUUCCAGUCCAGUCUGGGGGAAGGUUUAAAACCACAGAAGAUGGGGAUCUCUAUCGGCUAACAAUCUAUGAUCUGAGCCUGGAGGACAGUGGCCAAUACAUCUGCCGGGCCAAGAACACCAUUGGGGAAGCAUUUGCAGCUGUCAGCAUCAAAGUUGGAGAGGAGACCACAGUAACAGAGUCAGCCCCUUAUUUCAUCCAGAAGCCCUCCUCCAUCAAAGUAACCUUGGGGGAAGAUGCCAUGUUCAAAUGCAAAGUCCAGGGUAGCCCCCCCCUCUCAGUGAACUGGGAGAAGGAUGGGAGAUACCUGCGGAACCAGGCUGAUGCUGGACGCUUCCAGAUCGAGUCUGCUGGGGAGUCAAAUGCUCUCACUAUCCAGUGUACCCAGAUGGGGGACAGUGGCACUUACACCUGCCGGGCAGAGAACCUCAUCGGCUCCGCCAGUGCUUCGGCUGCGCUGGUGGUGGAAACGAAGGGCUCUUCCAACCCGGGCAGCAGCAGCCACUUCAAUACCAGCUGCGGCAAGACGUCAUCCUUGUUGUCUCACUUACAAAAGAGGCGGGAGGAGAUCAGGAAGAUGGACAUCUCCCACGGGGCUCUUGAUUCAACAUCUUCCCAGUCUUACUCCGCAGCAGAAGGGCUGUCCAGCAUCGGCUACAGCCUCUCCCGGGAUUAUGAGAGGGCAGCUGGACUUACCACCAAAGGGGCCCGCAAUGCGACUUUUGGGACACUGACACGCAUGUGCAGCGUGACGGAGGGGAAGCACGCCAAGCUGAGCUGCUACGUGACGGGUGAGCCCAAGCCAGAGAUCGUGUGGAAGAAGGACAAUGAGGUCAUUUUGGAAGGGCGGCGACAUGUCAUCUAUGAGGAUGAUCAGGAGAACUUUGUGCUGAAGAUCCUCUUCUGCAAGCAGAUAGACAACGGGCUGUACACCUGCACAGCCUCCAACCUGGCAGGCCAGACGUACAGCUCCGUGCUUGUCACCGUCAAAGAACCCUCAAUACCCUUCAAGGAAAAACUGAAGGAUCUUGAAGUGAGGGAGAAGCAAUCUGCCACCUUCCAAUGUGAAGUGCCUGUUCCCAGUACAGAGACAGCUUGGUUCAAGGAGGAAACCAAACUCCGGCAGAGCAAGAAAUACAACAUUGAAGAAGAGGGCACGUAUCGCCGGCUCACUGUCCAGAAUGUCACCACAGACGAUGAUGCUGUCUAUAUCUGUGAGAUGAAAGAAGGGAGCAGGACCAUCGCAGAGUUGUCUGUCCAAGGGAACAUCAUUAAAAAACUUCCACGAAAGACUGCGGUCUUCGUAAAUGAUACAGCCAUCUUCUGUGUGGAGCUGGACAACGAAUGCCAGAACAUCCGAUGGCUGAAAAAUAAAGAAGAAGUGAAACCCAGUGAUCGAAUAUCCAUCACGUGCUCUGGCAAGCAACAUACCAUGAUCAUCCGAGAGUGUAAGAUGGAAGAUGCUGGUGAGAUUGCCUUCCUGGCUGAUGAAAGCAGGACUACUACCCAAUUCACUGUGACCACUCCCAAAAAACCUCCCACCCAACCCCCAGCUGACCCUGUGGUGAAAAAUAAAACAGAAACCUCAGUGACGCUAGCAUGGUCCCCUCCGAAGAUUGACCGCCCUAUUCCAAUAGAUGGCUACAUCGUGGAACGCAAGAAACUAACCGGCUUCACCUGGGUGAGGUGCCACGAGUCUCAUGUCCCUGUCCCAGAGUUCACAAUGAGCAACCUGUUGGAAGAGGCUGACUAUCAGUUCAGAGUGUCUGCAGUCAACGCCUACGGACAGAGCCCCUACCUGGAGUUCCCGGGGAGCAUGCACCUUGAACCGGUCCUGGCUGUGAAAACCCCCCUGACAACUGUCGAAGCUGUACCUGGAGGGGAUGCCCUCUUUACUGUUGACCUCACGACGACAUGUUCUGGCACUUGGUACCUUAAUGGUAAAGUCUUACAGGAAAGUGAGACCUACAUCAUUAAGAGAACCCAAACUACUCACACUCUAAUCAUAAAGAACGUCACCAAGAAUGACGAUGGAGCAGAAGUGAAAUUUGUUGCCAAUAAUGUUGACACCAGCGCCAAGAUGAGAGUGAAAGGUGCUGCAGUGAGAUUUACCAACAAGAGCAGAGAUGUAGAAAAGGUCUCUGCUCGGCUGCGGGAGGAAGCCAAACUUCAGGCUGAGCUUUCAGAUGCAGAGGCUACUGUGAAGUGGAUGAAGGAUGGGAAAGAGCUCAAGGCCAGUGAAAAAUAUGAACUUCAAACUGUGGGGAAGAGGCACAUCCUGAAAAUCCGCAACACUGCAGCAGAGGACGCUGGAGUUUAUGAGUGCACCUGUGAAGGGGACAAAAUGCUCUAUCAGCUUUCAGUGAAAGCACUUGCAAACUUCAUAAACAAAGAGAAAACUGGAGGAGUUAUCAGGGCCGUCUCUGGAAAACAGGCUGAAUUUGUUUCUGAGACCUCUGAAGCCAACAUCAUGGUCAAGUGGUACAAAGAUGGCAAAGAAAUCACAGCCAGCAAGAAAUUCACCAUGGAAGAUAAAGGAAAACUGCAUAAACUUGUGGCUUCGGCUGUGACAAAAGAAGACGAAGGGACAUACACAUGCAAAAUUGGAGAUGACACUCUUAUUUUUGAUUUAAAAGUCUCAGACGAAGCUGUUAGUUUUGUCAACAAACCCAAAACAACUCCAGAAAUAUUAGUCAGUCCUUCUGAAAACCUUGAGCUGGUGUGUGAGGUGUCAGCUGUAAGCGGAACUGUGGUAUGGAAGAAGGAUCAAACUGAGGUGAAGCAGGACCAGAGGACAACAGUCGUCUCCCAGGGGACACACCGCAAGCUCAUCAUCAAGAAGGUGACAAAGGAAGACCAAGGGAGCUAUACCUGUGAAACGAAGGAUGACAAAACAACAUUCCAAGUCAAAGUCAGAGAGACAGAAGACGUGUUUACAAACAAGGACAAGGUACAAAGGGAGGUGAAGGCCGUCCUGACACAAAAUGCCACCCUGAGCUGCGAGGUGGCCCAGGAGAAGACCGAUGUGAAAUGGUACAAGGAGGGCAAACUGAUCACCUCGAGCAAGAAGUUCAAGGUGGAGUCGGAGGGCAAAUCGCGUCGUCUGGUGGUGGGUCAGGUGGAGAAGAAAGAUGCUGGGGAGUACACCUGCGAGGCUGCUGGCCAGAAACUGACCUUCAAGAUUGUUGUUACAGAAGAGGAGGAUGCAUUUGUCAACAAGGAGAAGGUGCAGAAAGAGGUGAAAGCUGCACUAUCAGAAAAUGCCACCCUGAGCUGCGAGGUGGCCCAGGAGAAGACCGAUGUGAAAUGGUACAAGGAGGGCAAACUGAUCACCUCGAGCAGGAAGUUCAAGGUGGAGUCGGAGGGCAAAUCGCGUCGUCUGGUGGUGGGUCAGGUGGAGAAGAAAGAUGCUGGGGAGUACACCUGCGAGGCUGCUGGCCAGAAACUGACCUUUAAGAUUGUCGUCACAGAGGCAGAAGACGCAUUUGUCAACAAGGAGAAGGUGCAGAAAGAGGUGAAAGCUGCACUAUCAGGAAAUGCCACCCUGAGCUGCGAGGUGGCCCAGGAGAAGACCGAUGUGAAAUGGUACAAGGAGGGCAAACUGAUCACCUCGAGCAAGAAGUUCAAGGUGGAGUCGGAGGGCAAAUCGCGUCGUCUGGUGGUGGGUCAGGUGGAGAAGAAAGAUGCUGGGGAGUACACCUGCGAGGCUGCUGGCCAGAAACUGACCUUCAAGAUUGUUGUUACAGAAGAAGAGGAUGCAUUUGUCAACAAGGAGAAGGUGCAGAAAGAGGUGAAAGCUGCACUAUCAGAAAAUGCCACCCUGAGCUGUGAGGUGGCCCAGGAGAAGACCGAUGUGAAAUGGUACAAGGAGGGCAAACUGAUCACCUCGAGCAAGAAGUUCAAGGUGGAGUCGGAGGGCAAAUCGCGUCGUCUGGUGGUGGGUCAGGUGGAGAAGAAAGAUGCUGGGGAGUACACCUGCGAGGCUGCUGGCCAGAAACUGACCUUCAAGAUUGAUGUCGCAGAUGAUGUGUUCGAACACAAAGACAAAGUGCAAAAGGAGGUGAAGGCAGUGCUGAAGGAGAACACCACGCUGAGCUGUGAGGUGGCCCAGGAGAAGACCAAUGUGAAAUGGUACAAGGAGGGCAAACUGAUCACCUCGAGCAAGAAGUUCAAGGUGGAGUCGGAGGGCAAAUCGCGUCGUCUGGUGGUGGGUCAGGUGGAGAAGAAAGAUGCUGGGGAGUACACCUGCGAGGCUGCUGGCCAGAAACUGACCUUCAAGAUUGAUGUUGUAGAGGCAGAAGAUGCUUUCAUCAACAAGGAGAAGGUGCAGAAAGAGGUGAAAGCUGCACUAUCAGGAAAUGCCACGCUGAGCUGCGAGGUUGCCCAGGAGAAGACCGAUGUGAAAUGGUACAAGGAGGGCAAACUGAUCACCUCGAGCAAGAAGUUCAAGGUGGAGUCGGAGGGCAAAUCGCGUCGUCUGGUGGUGGGUCAGGUGGAGAAGAAAGAUGCUGGGGAGUACACCUGCGAGGCUGCUGGCCAGAAACUGACCUUCAAGAUUGAUGUCACAGAGCCAGAAGUUGUGUUUACGAACAAGGAGAAGGUGCAGAAAGAGGUGAAAGCUGCACUAUCAGAAAAUGCCACCCUGAGCUGCGAGGUGGCCCAGGAGAAGACCGAUGUGAAAUGGUACAAGGAGGGCAAACUGAUCACCUCGAGCAAGAAGUUCAAGGUGGAGUCGGAGGGCAAAUCGCGUCGUCUGGUGGUGGGUCAAGUGGAGAAGAAAGAUGCUGGGGAGUACACCUGCGAGGCUGCUGGCCAGAAACUGACCUUCAAGAUUGAUGUCCCAGAGCCAGAAGUUGUGUUUACGAACAAGGAGAAGGUGCAGAAAGAGGUGAAAGCUGCACUAUCAGAAAAUGCCACGCUGAGCUGCGAGGUGGCCCAGGAGAAGACCGAUGUGAAAUGGUACAAGGAGGGCAAACUGAUCACCUCGAGCAAGAAGUUCAAGGUGGAGUCGGAGGGCAAAUCGCGUCGUCUGGUGGUGGGUCAGGUGGAGAAGAAAGAUGCUGGGGAGUACACCUGCGAGGCUGCUGGCCAGAAACUGACCUUCAAGAUUGAUGUUACAGAGCCAAAACCUGCAUUUAUAAACCAGGAAAAGGUCCAGAAGGAGGUGAACGCUGUCCUGACAGAAAGUGCCACCCUCAGCUGUGAGGUAGCACAGGACGCAACCGAAGUGAAAUGGUACAAGGAUGGAAGACUGCUCGUUUCCUCUAGAAAAUUCAAAAUAGAAACUGUGGGCAAAACCCGGCGCCUGGUUAUAGAGCAGCUGGAGAAGAAAGAUGCUGGAGAAUACACCUGUGAGGCUGCAGGCCAGAAGCUGACCUUCAAGUUGGAACCAACUGAACCAGAGGCUAAAUUUGAAAAGAAAGUUAUCCAGAAAGAGCCUCUCGUUGUUCAAGAACAUGAAAGUGUCACACUGACCACUUCAGUAACGCCUGAAGCUGCUGUGGUGAAGUGGUUCAAGGAUGGAACAGAAAUCAAGGCGAGCAAGAAAUAUGAGAUCAAGAGUGAGGGGGCAUCCAGGACCCUGACGGUGAACCUGGCUGAGAGCACAGACACCGCCGUCUACACUUGCCAGACAAAGAGCGACAAGCAGGAAUUCAAAGUGCAGGUGAAAGAAAUCCCAGUGAAGUUUGCCAAAAAACUCGAAGCUGUUAAUGCCGAGAUUGGAGGCAGCGUCUCUUUGACCUGCGACGUGAGCCAUGCCAAAGGGAAGGUGGUGUGGCGCAGGAAUGGAGUUGAGAUCAAGCCCGGCAAGCGUUUCCAGAUUCGUGAGGAAGGUGUCAAACGAAUCCUGACAAUAACAGGGAUCCGGGCUGAGGAUGAGGGAGAGUACUCCUGCGAGUCCAGAGAUGACAAGAGCAGCAUUACCGUCACCCCCAAAGCUCCCAGAGUGGUGAAAUUCAUUACGAGCCUCAACAGCGUGGUCUCUGAGGAAGGGAAAGAGGCUGUGUUCAAGUGCACCGUCUCUCCCAGUGAUGCUGUGGUCACUUGGCUCAGGAACGGUGUCAAGAUUGAAGCCAGCGAGAAGUAUGUGAUCUCGCAGAAGGACACCAACCACAGCCUCACCAUCACUGAUCUGACGCUGGAAGAUGCAGCCGAAAUCUCUGCCGAUGCUGAGGGUGUAGAAAGCACAGCCAAUCUCAGAGUGCGAGAGGCCUCAAUCUCAUUCAAGAAGAAACUGGAGCCCAGAACAGUUGAAGAGAGGGACACAGUGACCUUAGAGGUAGAGCUGACCAAGCCUGCAGAGGUGAAGUGGAUGAGGAACAGCAUCGUACUGAAACCCAGUGAAAAAAUAGAGAUCAAAACUGAGGGAACAAAGCAUACCUUGGUGGUUAAGGACAUCUCCUUUGCAGACAGGGGCUUCUACUGCUGUGAGAGUCCUGACGACAAGACCCAAGCCAAGAUCAAUGUGGAAAUGAGGCAAAUCAAGCUGGUGAAAGGUCUUCAGCCUCGCGAAGUCUCCGAGAAAGGGACCGUCACCUUCGAGGUGGAGGUGUCGCAUGAGGACGUGGAAGGGACCUGGCAGAAGGAUGGUGUUCGGCUGAAGCCUGCACCGAAUAUCAGUAUUGGUGUCCUGGGGAAGAAACAUUCACUGACUCUUUCUUCGGUGGCUCUUGAAGAUGCAGGACUCAUCUCCUUCAAAGCGGAGGGCAUCCAUUCAUCAGGGAGACUCACUGUGAGAGAAUUGCCUGUGAAAAUCAGCAAACCUUUGGUAGACAUCAAUGUAACUCAGAAGGACAAGGUCACAUUUGAGUGUGAGCUGUCCAGGCCCAACGUGGAUGUUAAGUGGUUCAAGGAUGGGAAGGAGCUCCGGCAAAGUAAAAUGGUGGGGAUUAUUUCCCAGGGAAAUAAGAGAAGCCUCGUUAUUCACAAGUGUGAAUAUGAAGACCAGGGAACCUAUACGUGUGAAGCAGCCGAAGACAAGACAUCAGCUACCCUAAAGGUUCACGCCCGAGAUAUCAAGAUUGUUAAACCACUGGAAGAUGUGGAAGUGAAUGAAUAUGAGAGCGCGUCUUUCGUCUGUGAGAUUUCGCAUGAUGAGGUCCAAACCCAAUGGUACAAAAAUGACAACAAGCUGAAGGCUGCCGACAAUAUUAGAAUGCGUCAAGAUGGAAAGACCUAUUCGCUGACUUACAUGCGGGUCCAAGUCGAAGAUGCAGCAGAGAUCAAAUUUGUAGCGGAAAAGGCAGAAUCUCGUGCCCAGCUUACUGUAAAAGAGCUGCCUGUAAAAAUUGUGAAGCCUUUGCGAGAUAAGAUUGCUCUUGAAAAACAUCGGGGAUUCCUGGAGUGCCAGGUGUCUCGUGCCAAUGCCAAAGUUAAAUGGUAUAAAAAGGACGUUGAAAUUCACCCCAGUGAAAAAUACGAAAUUGUGAGCGAUGGUGUCUAUCGGAAACUCAUCAUCAACGAUGCGGAUUAUCAAGAUGAGGACACGUACACUUGUGAUGCCUUUGAUGACAAAAGCAGUGCUAAUUUCUUUGUUGAAGAACAAUCCAUUAAUAUCGUAAAGGAGUUGUGUGAUGAGGAUGUGACUGAGCCAGAAGAAGCCAACUUUGAAUGUGAGAUAUCCAUUCCAUCCGUGAAACCGCCCAAAUGGUCUCUACGCGGAGCAGUCUUACAGGCCGGCAGAAACAUCAUCGUGCAGCAAGAAGGCACCAUCCACCGGCUGACGAUACUGAAAACCAGUGCUGACAUGACAGGCACCAUUCAGUUCUCCAUUGGCAAAUCAAAAUCCACAGCAAACCUGCUUGUCAGAGAUUACCACAUACAGAUUACCAGGAAGAUGGAGGACAAGACAGCUCUGGAGCGCCAUUCCGUCAUCCUGUCUUGUGACUUCAGGCCUUCUCCAAAGGUCGUGAAGUGGUUCAAGGGCCACACGCCCAUCGAGCCCUCUGAGAAGUACAAAAUCAAGCGGGAGCAACAUUCAGCAGAGCUCAAGAUUUUGAAGGUGAAGCCUGAAGAUGCUGGUGUGUACAAGUGCAGGGCUGGAAACGCCGAGACCGAAGCCACGCUGACUGUUGAAGCCCGCAACGUAGAAGUACUCAAACAUCUGCAGGACGUGGAAAUUGAAGAAGAGAGUUCCGCUGUCUUCUCCUGUGAGCUGUCCCACGACGAUGAGGAUGUGGAAUGGUUCCUCAACGGCACCCUCCUUUACACCAACAAUUUCAAUGACAUCAGGAAUGUUGGCAAUUGCUACACGCUGACGAUGAAGCAGGUCAAGCCUGAGGAUGCUGGCACAGUGACAAUGAAGUCAGACAAAGUGUCAGAGAGCGCACGUCUAAAGGUGAUAGAGAAGCCUGCUGUCUUCAUGAAGUCCUUGGACGAUGUUUUUGGUGAGGAGCGAGGUGUGAUUAAACUGGAAUGUGAAGCCUCCAAAGAGAAGGUCAAACCUGUUUGGAAAAAGGAUGGUGUGAAUCUCACUUCUGGUAACAAGUAUGAGCAGAUGCAGUCUGGGAAGACCCUGUGCCUCCUUAUCCAUGACCUUGAAAAGACAGAUGCGGGUCUAUACACCUGUGAUAUUGGCACUGAUGUUGCCAAGUCAAAGGUCAGCGUUCAGGAACUGAACAUUGGCAUCACCAAACGGUUGAAGAACACCGAAGUCCAGGAGGGGGAAGAUUGUACUUUUGAGUGCAUUUUGUCCCAUGAAAGCAUUGAUGACUUCAACUGGACGCUGAACGGGAACAAAGUGGAAAGCGGUGGGCGAUUUAAAGCCUCUAACACGGGUCGGAAAUAUACGCUCAAUAUCAAAAGUGUGAUUCCUGAUGAUGCUGGGGAAGUCAUUUUCACUGCCCGUGGUCUCACCUCCAAGGCUUCUCUGGUUGUGAAAGAAAAACCCACUGAAGUUACAAAACAGCUGGAGGAUAAAACAUCAGCGGCGGGGCAGGACAUCAGCCUGAGCUGUGAAUUGUCGAAACCUGAUGUGAGCAUCAGGUGGUACAAGGAUGGCAAAGCGAUCCGGAAAAGCCAGAAAUAUGACUUGCACCAAGAGGGAACACGAGCCAUUCUGAUCAUCCAUGACUCCACGGUCAAGGACAGUGGGGAGUACACCUGUGAGACAGAGGUCUCGAAAACCAAAGCCAGGAUCACAGUGCAAGAAAAACCUAAUUAUUUUGUCAAGGAACUUUCAGAUCUGAAAGUCGAUGAAAGUGGAACUGCAGUUUUUAUGUGCCAGAGUGAGAAAGCUGCAUCCUCUGUGGUCUGGAGGAAAGGCAUAGCUGAACUCAGGGCUAGCAAGAAAUACGAGAUCACGCAGAAAGGACAAGUCCUGCAGCUGACCAUAAAUAACUUGGAGAAAAGUGACAGUGACACUUACACCUGCGACAUUGGUGAUGCCCAGUCCAGAGCCAAGCUAGUCGUGCAAGGCCAGAAAGUGCUAAUAACAGAAGACCUGGAAGAUGUCACUGUGUUAGAAGGAGAAUCUGCCAGUUUCAAAUGCAGAAUCUCUCCCAUAGACUAUAGCAAAGUGCAGUGGUUUUUGGAUAAAACCCCACUCCAUACCAAUGAACUUAAUGACAUCCAGUCUCAGCCUGGUGGAUAUCACCUGCUAACGUUGAAAAAACUCUCACUGAAGGACUCGGGGGUCAUUACAUUUGAAGCUGGUGAUAAGAAAACAUCUGCCAGUUUGGUUGUUAAAGAGAAGCCCUGCGUCUUCACAAAGGAGCUGGUUGAUACUGAAGUCACUGAGGGAGAGGAUGUGAUCCUUCACUGUGAAACCUCCAAAUCAGAGAGCCCUGUAAAGUGGUGCAAAGAUGGGAAGAGCCUUAGGAAUUCUUCCAAGUAUAACAUCAGCCGGUUGGGAUUUGAAGCCAAGCUUGUCAUUCACAGGGCAGAAGAAAGAGACAGUGGCAGAUAUGAGUGUGAGGCUGGAGCAGCUAAAAGUAGUGCGGUUAUUACUGUCAAGGAAAUGCCAGUCCUUUUUAAGCAAGAGCUCCAAAACGAAGAAGCUAAAGAAGGAAAACAAGUCAAGCUGACCUGUGAGCUCAGCAAACCCGAUACCCCAGUGAAAUGGAUGAAAGGAGACACUGUCCUCUAUGCCAGUGAGAAGUAUGAAUUUAAGCAGUGUGGCACUGUGGCAGAGCUCAUUAUUCGAGAUGUCAAAUCCGUAGACUCUGGGGAAUAUACCUGCAGCACGGGGGAACUGAAGACCACUGCUCGGGUGAAAGUAAACGCUGUGCCCGUCCUUUUUAAACAAGCCUUGGAGAACACGGAGAUGGAAGAGGGGAAAUCUGUCUCCUUGCGCUGCGAACUCACAAAAGCUGAUGCCACCGUGGUGUGGAAGAAGGGAGAAGCCGCGCUCCAGGCAAGUGCCAAAUAUGAAAUGAAGCAGAAGGGGACAGUGGCAGAGCUGGUGAUUCAUAAUGCAGAGCCAGAAGAUGCGGGAAGAUACACCUGUGACACUGGAGACCAGCAGACCACAGCCCAAGUCAAAAUCCAUGCCGCCUCUGUGCUCGUCAAAGAAGAGCUGAAGAGCGUGGAAGCCGUGGAAGGUGGGACUGCCACCCUGCGAUGCCAGCUGAGCAGAGAGGCCUCCGUGGAGUGGAGGAAGGGGCAGGCUCUUCUCCGGCCGAGUAACAAGUACAGGAUGAGGCAGGAGGGCACAGUGGCUGAGCUGGUGAUCCACGAUCUGGACCCAAAGGAUGCUGGAGACUAUACAUGUGUAGUGGGGAACGCAAAAACCACUGCAGCCUUAUCAGUGAAUGCCCUGCCAGUCCGUUUCAAAAAAGACCUGAAGAACGAGGAAGCCACUGAGAGCGGGACGGCCACGCUGCAGUGCGAGCUGAGCCGGGCUGUGGGCUCGGUCGAGUGGAGGAAGGACGGGAAGGUCUUGGUGCCAAAUGGCAAAUACAAAAUGAGACAGGAAGGGCGUUUUGUCGAGCUGGUAAUCCAAGACCUAGACUUGACGGAUGCUGGGAGCUAUACCUGCCUGUGUGGAGACCAGAAGACAACAGCUGCUUUGAGAGUGAAUGCCUUGCCUGUCCUCUUCCAAGAAGAAAUGUCGAACAAGGAAGCUACAGAGGGGGAGGCAGUCACUUUGCACUGUAAACUGAGCAAAUCGGCCCCGGUCGAGUGGAGAAAGGGGAAUAAGGUCCUCCAGCCAAGUGAAAAAUACAAAAUAGAGCAGGAAGGUCCUUUUGCGGAGCUGAUGAUCCGGGAUUUGGAUUUGGCAGACGCUGGUGAUUACAGCUGUGUGUGUGGAGAUCAACAGACUACGGCUGCUUUGACAGUAAAUGUCCUGCCUGCUCUUUUCACCAAAAACCUGACAGAUGAAGAAGCCACAGAAGGUAAAAGUGUCUCCCUGCGCUGUGAGCUGAACAAGGCUGCUGCUAACGUGGAGUGGAAGAAGGGCUUCAAGACCCUCAAAUCAAGUGACAAGUAUAAAAUGAAACGUGAAGGUGUUGUUGCUGAGCUUGUAAUCCAAAAUCUAGACACGGCGGAUGCUGGAAAUUAUUCCUGUGUGUGCGGAGACCAGCAGACUAUGGCAGUUUUAACAGUACAUGCUUUGCCUGCGUUUUUCAAGGAAGGAUUGAAGAACAGAGAAGCCACAGACGGCACAACAGCCACUCUGCACUGUGAGCUGAGCAAGGUCGGGGUCCCGGUGGAGUGGAAAAGAGGGAACAAGACACUCAAACCCAGUGAUAAGUAUAGGAUGAGACAAGAAGAUACCUCUGCAGAGCUGUUGAUCCGAGAUCUGGAGGUAGAAGAUACAGGAGAAUAUACCUGUGUGUGUGGAGAUCAGAAGACCUCAGCUGUCUUGACAGUCCAUGCUUUGCCAGCACUGUUCAAAAAAGAACUUGUUGAUACGAAAGCCACAGAAAACGGGACGGCUGUACUGCAGUGCGAGCUAACUAAACCCACUCCGGUGGAGUGGAGGAGAGGGCAAAAAGUGCUCAAGCCUAGUGAGAAGUACAAAAUGAGACUGAAGGAUACCAUUGCUGAGCUGACAAUCCAUAGCCUGGAGGAACAAGAUGCAGGAGAUUACACAUGCGUGUGCGGAGACAAGACGACUACUGCAUCCCUCACAGUGCAUGCCCUUCCUCCACAUUUUAAAAAAGAGUUGAAAAACGUGGAAGCCACAGAAAAUGGCACGGCCACUUUCUGCUGUGAACUGAACAAGCCCGCAGCCUCUGUGGAGUGGAGGAAAGGAGACGGAGCCCUGGAGCCAAAGGAUAAGUUCAUCAUGAGAUGUGAGGGCACAACUGCUGAGCUGGUGAUCCGUGAUUUAGAUCUGGCAGAUGCUGGAGAUUACACGUGCUGUUAUGGAGAUCAGAAAACCACCGCUGCACUGAAAGUGAAUGCCUUGCCCGCACGCUUCAAGAAAGAGAUGAAGAAUGAAGAAGCCACAGAAGGUGGAACAGCCACGCUGCAAUGUGAGCUAUCUAGGGCUGCCUCUGUGGAGUGGAAAAAGAAACACAAAGUGCUCAAAUCAAGUGAAAAAUAUACUAUGAGACAGGAAGGUACCACAGCACAACUGCUGAUCCAUGCUUUAGAAGUCAAGGAUGCUGGGGAGUACACCUGUGUGUGUGGAGAUGAGAAGACCACUGCAGCACUGACAGUGCAUGCCCUUCCUGCUCUCUUCAAAGAAGAGUUAAGAAAUGAGGAAGCCACGGAGGGUGAAGUAGUCACUCUGCGCUGUGAGCUGACCAAGACUGCUUCAGUGGAGUGGAAAAAAGGACACACAGUACUCAAACCUAGCGAGAAAUACAAAAUGAGGCAGAAGGAUGUCACUGCAGAACUGGUGAUCCAUAAUCUAGAUGAGAGAGAUGCUGGUGAUUAUACCUGCGUGUGUGGGGAAAAGCAGUCCACAGCUUCCUUAACCGUACACGCGCUGCCUGCACUCAUCAAGGAAGGCCUGAAGGACGAGGAGGUGACAGAAGGCCAAGCAGCCACUCUGCGCUGUGAGCUGACCAAGGUUGCCCAAGUAGAGUGGAGGAAGGGAAGCAGUUUGCUCAAAGUCAGUGACAAAUACAAAAUGAGACAGGAGGGCACGGUCAUGAAGCUCCUUAUCCAUGAUGCAGAAUUGAAAGACGCUGGAGAAUACUCUUGUGUGUGUGGAGAACAGGAGACAACAGCUGCUUUGAUAGUGCAUGCCUUGCCUGCACUUUUCAAAGAAGAACUGAAGGACCUGCAAGCCAUGGAAAGCCAAACAGCCACUCUGCGCUGUGAACUGACCAAGGCUGCGGCUGUGUCGUGGAAGAAAGGAAAUAAAAUACUUAGGGCAAGUGAAAAAUACAUCAUGCGGCAGGAUGAUGCCAUUGCUGAGCUGGAAAUUUGUGAUCUAGAGCUGCAGGAUGCGGGAGAUUACACCUGUGUGUGUGGAGACCAAUACACCACGGCUUCUCUGACAGUGAAUGCCCUGCCAGUGCUUUUCAAGGAAAAACUGAAGAACGAAGAAGUUCAGGAAGGAGCAUCAGUCUCUCUGCGUUGUGAAUUAACCAAAGCAGCUCCAGUGCAGUGGAAAAUAGGGUCCAAAGUGCUCAAAGCAAGUGACAAAUAUCAUAUGAGACAGCCUGGCACGACCGCAGAGCUGGUCAUUCAUGACCUAGAAGUAAAAGAUGCUGGAGAUUACACGUGUGUUUGUGGUGACCAGAAGACAACAGCAACUUUAACAGUUCAUGCUCUGCCACCGCUCUUUAAGGAAGAGCUAAAGAACAAGGAAGCAAAAGAAGGUGGAAAAGUCGCCCUGCACUGUGAGCUCACCAAGGCUGCUCCGGUGGAGUGGCGGAAGGACCAGAGGAUUCUCAAAGCCAGUGCAAAAUACAAAAUGAGGCAGGAAGGGACCGAGGCAGAGCUGGUGAUUCAUGAAAUAGCUGAGGAGGAUGCAGGAGACUACACCUGUGUGUGUGGAGAGCACCAGACUACAGCUGUCUUAACAGUACAGGCUGUGCCUCCAUUUUUCCAAGAAGAAAUGACCAGCAAGGAAGCAAUAGAAGGUGGAACGGCCACUUUGCACUGCGAGCUCAGCAAGGCAUCUGCCCAUGUUCAGUGGAAGAAGGGCCAUCGCAUCCUCACCUCGGACAAAAAGUACAGCAUGAGACAGGAAGGCUGUGCUGUGGAGCUGGUAGUUCAAGAUUUAGACUUGAACGAUGCUGGAGAUUAUACCUGUGUGUGUGGAGACAAGACCACCACAGCUGCUUUAACAGUGCAUGCACUGCCUCCAGAAUUCAAAAAAGACCUGAAGGACCUAGAAGCUCUAGAAUGUGGGACAGCUGCUCUGCACUGCGAGCUGACUAAACCUGCUGUGGUGGAGUGGAAGAAAGGGCAAGAGUUGCUCAAAGCAAGCAGCAAAUAUCAAAUGAGUCAAGAUGGUGCUGUUGCAAAGCUAAUUAUCAAUGAGCUGGAUGUGGCGGACACUGGAGAUUACACCUGUGUGUGUGGAGAUCAGCAGACAACUGCCACUUUGACAGUCAAUGCCCUACCAGCACUUUUUAAACAAGAGCUUCAGAAUACUGAAGCGGAAGAAGGUGGUACAGCAAUACUGAGGUGUGAGCUUACCAAAGCCAAGGCUCCAGUGGAGUGGAGGAAAGGAGAUGUUACUCUCUACCCUGGUUUGAAAUAUGAGAUGAAGCAGCAGGGCUCCACUGCUGAAUUGGUCAUUUAUGACUUAGAACUGGAUGAUUCAGGAAAGUACACCUGCGACUCUGGACAUCAGCAGACAACAGCUGUGGUGACCGUACAUGCACUGCCUGUCACAUUUAAGCAACCCCUUCAAAAUAAGGAAUCAGAGGAAGGAAGUACAGCUACACUCUGCUGUGAGCUGUCAAAACCCAAUGCUGCAGUGGAAUGGAGGAAAGGAGGAGUGGGGCUGCAGCCCAGCCAGAAGUAUGAAAUGAGGCAGAGGGAAUGCUGGGUAGAACUCUUAAUACAUAAUCUCAAAUUAGAAGAUACGGGAGAAUACAGCUGUGAUACUGGGGAGCAGGAAACCAAGGCAUCUUUAAAUGUGAAAGCUCUGCCAGUUCUUUUCAAAAAAGAGCUCAAGGACAAGGAGGCGGAAGAAGGAGCUGCCGUGAAAUUCCAGUGUGAGCUGACAAAGGAUAAUGCAACAGUGGAGUGGAGAAAGGGCACAAUGGAGCUCUUCCCAUGUGCCAAAUAUGAAAUUAAAUUAAAUGGUCGCACAGCUGAACUCGUGAUUCAUAAUGUAGAACCAGAAGAUGCCUCUGAUUACACGUGUGAUACAGGAGACCAGCAGAGCACAGCAGUCCUCAGAGUGAAUGCCAUCAAACCCCGGCUGAAGCAGCAGCUGAAGAAUGAAGAAGCGGAAGCGGGAGGAACAGCCAGGCUGCGUUGUGAGAUUUCCAUUAGCAAAGCAGAAGUGGAGUGGAGGAAAGAUGGAGUCGUCCUUCACUCAAGCUCCAAGUACGAAAUGUGGCAGGAUGGCACCCUCCGCGAGCUGCGUGUUCACCGCCUGGAGCCUAGUGAUGCUGGAGAGUAUUCCUGCAAGGCUGGAGAUGAGACGAGCUCUGCAAAACUGACUGUGAAAGAGCCUGACGUGACCAUCGUGAGUGGCCUAAAGGACGUGGUGGUGUUUGAAGGGGACGACGUCACGUUUCGGUGCCAGGUUUCUCAUGAAAACGCAAGGGACGUUGAAUGGAAGCUACAGGAUGUUGCUCUGCAAAAUAAUGAAAUGAAUGAGAUCUCAGUGGAAAAAGGAAAGAUCCACACCCUGACAUUAAGGAAGGUGACUGAGCAGGACAUCGGAACCAUCACUUUCCGAGUGGGACCCCACACGUCGACGGCAGAGCUCACAGUAAAAGUGCCACCUCCAGUUUUCAAGGAGAAAUUACAGAGCAUAGAACUGCAGGAAGAAGAAACAGCCAUCCUCUGCUGUGAGGUCUCCCAGCCGAAUGCUGCGGUGGAGUGGAAGAAGGGUGCUCAGGUGAUUUCCCCGAGCCCCAAGUAUGAAAUCAAGCAGGAGGGAACAAUCCAUACUUUAAAGAUUUAUCACUUAAAACCAGAAGACUCUGGCAAAUACACCUGUGAUAAUGGAAAUGAACAAACGACAGCCACUUUAACCGUUAAAGCCACUCCAGCACUCUUUGAAAAAAAACUCCGAAACCAGGAAGCCGAGGAAGGCUCUACGGUCACCCUUCAUGCUGAGCUCUCCAAACACGAUGUGCCAGUGAGGUGGAAAAAAGGGUCAGUCUUGCUCCAAGCCAGCAACAAGUACGAGAUGAAGCAGAUGGGCUCUGCUGUGGAACUACUCAUCCACGAUCUACAGCUGAAGGAUGCUGGAGACUACAUCUGCGAUUCUGGCGAUGAGCAAACUAUGGCAUCCUUGGUAGUGAAAGCUUUGCCAGUAAUCUUCACACAACCACUCCAGAACCAGCAAGCUGAAGAAGGCGGUGCCGUCACUUUGACCUGUGAAAUCUCAAAACCAAAUGCUACUGUGCAGUGGAAGAAGGCCGGGACAGUGCUGCGACCAAGUGACAAAUACAAGAUGCGUCAGGCUGGAUCUGUGGCUGAGCUGACAAUUCACAACCUGAGCGGAGCUGAUGCUGGGGAAUACACGUGUGACACAGGGGACCAGCAAACCACCGCAGCUGUGCUGGUGAAAGAACCAGCAGCCACCAUAGUGGAGAAGCUCAAGGACGUCACUUCAUAUGAAGGAGAAGACGCAGUGUUUGAAUGCAGGCUGUCCCGGGAAACAACUCAGGAUGCCCAGUGGUUCCUGGGGGAUGUUCCCCUGCAAUCCAACGAAAUGAAUGAGAUCAGAGUCCAAGGGAUGCGUCACACUUUGAUCCUGAGGAAGGUGACACUAGAAGACUGUGGGUCCAUCAGUUUCAAAGUCGGGCAGCACACCUCAGCAGCACAGCUAACAGUCCAAGUUGCUCCGGUCACCUUUGUAAAAGCACUCCACAGCUUGGAGCUGCAGGAGGGUAGCACAGCUCACUUGUCCUGUGAGGUGUCCAAGCCUGAUGUCCCAGUGGAGUGGAAGAAAGGCACGACCGUCAUCCGCUCCAGCCAGAAGUGCAGCAUCAAGCAGGAGGGAAACGUUCACACAUUGGUCAUUCACGACUUGAACUGUGCGGACUCAGGGGAGUAUAGCUGCCACACGGCCGACGGGAAUACCACUGCCAAACUAGAGGUUAAAGCCCUGCCUGUGCUUUUCAAACACUGGCUGAAAAACGAGGAGGUGGAGGAAGGGGGCACGGCCGUGCUGCGCUGCGAGCUGACGAAACCCGAUGCAUCUGUGGAGUGGAGGAAAGGAGACACGGUGCUGCAGCCCAGUGACAAGUAUGAGAUCCACCAAGAGGGGACACGUGUUGAGCUUUUCAUCUACGAUGCGGAGGCUCAGGACGCUGGCGAUUACACAUGCGACUCGGGGGACCAGCAGACCACUGCAUCCUUGCAAGUCAAAGUACUACCCGUGUUGUUUAAUGAAGAGCUGAAAAACGUAGAGUCUGAAGAAGGGGGAACAGCUGUCUUGCACUGUGAGAUCUCCAAGCCGGACGCCCCUGUUGAGUGGAGGAAAGGAGGGGUGGUCAUUCAGCCCAGUGACAAGUACGAGAUGAAGCUGAAAGGCAGCAUUGCUGAGCUGAUCAUCCACGGUGUAGAGCCUGAUGACUGCGGGGAUUAUACCUGUAGCACCGGCUACGAGAUCACCACAGGUUCUGUGUAUGUGCAAGAAGAAGCAGCAGUCAUAGUUUCUGGUUUAAAGAACACAGACGUCUUUGUGGGUGAGUCAGCCACGUUCACCUGUGAGCUCUCGUACCCGGGCGUGAAGAACGUGCAGUGGUGGCUCGAUGGAUCUCCCCUUCACAACAACUUUGUGACUGAAAUCUCUGAGCAGGACGGGAUGAUCCACACUUUAACCCUAAAUGACGUGGCGUGCCAUGACUCAGGCACUGUCACCUUCAGAGCUGGGUCCCUUAUAUCUUCAGCUAAAUUAUUAGUCAAAGAUCCGACCAUUGAAGUGGUCAGUCCCAUGCAGGACAUAACUGUUGAUGAAGAUGGCACAGCAGAGUUCAUAUGCCAAUAUUCUAGGCCAGUACACGCCAUAUGGAAGAAAAAUGAUCAGGAAAUACAUGCAGAUGGGCAGCGAGUGAUUAUCGUUCAGGACUGGAAUGUAAGCAUGCUAAAAAUUAAACCUACGGUACCAGAAGACACUGGCAUCUAUUCUUGUGAAGCUGAAGGCACUAAAGUGAUGGCUGCACUUGAUGUUCAAGCCAAGAACAGCAUUGUCCAGGGCUUGGAGAACGUGGAAGCCGUGGAAGGAGGGGAAGCCCUGUUUGAAUGUUACCUUUCGAAACCUGAGUGCUACAACUACAACUGGCUGAUUGACGAUGAGCCUGCCAAAACUACAGAGAACACUGAGAUGGUUUACUUUGAAAAUGGGCGCCGGCAUCUUCUGCUGCUGAAGAACCUCACUCCCCGGGACAGCUGCAGGGUGACCUUUAUGUGCAGCGACGCGGUGACCUCAGCCUUCCUGACGGUGAAAGGAUGGCGCCUACAGAUCUUGCAGCCUCUCACAGAUGUGGAAGUCUCUCUGGGGGAGAAAGCUACAUUUAGCUGCGUUCUAAGUGAAGCUGUGCCAAUUAAUGAAGUUGCCUGGUACAGUAAUGACAUAGAGAUCCAGCCGGAUGAGGACUGGGAGAUACAAGCAGAUGGAAACAAAUACAAACUUAUUCUGAAAAAAGCCCAACCGCAUCAUUCUGGAGAAGUGACCUUUGCUUCCAGGGAAGCAAUUGCAUCAGCCAAGUUAUCCGUGAUAGAGCCUCCAGUUACAGUCAUCCAUCCUUUGGUGGGAGGAUCAGUCUCGGAAGGGGAGGUGGCUCGCUUAGAGUGCAAAUUAUCAAGUGAACCUGAAGAGAGAGUGACAUGGUUCAAAGGCAAAGAACAAAUACGAGCUGGAGGGAGAUAUGAGAUCCUCUCUGAUGGAAAAAAUCAGAUACUCGUUAUUCAUGCAUUUAAACCCGAAGAUCAGGACACAUACACCUGCAUGGUUUCUCCAGAAGUCAAAUCUGUUGCCAGCUUGUGUCUUGAAGUUCCCACAGUGACAAUGCUAAAAGAGAUUGCCAGGGAAGUACCUCCUGCAAGGCAACCAGAAGAGGUGGUAGAUGUCCGUGUCCAGCCCAGCUUGCCCCCUGAGGCUGCUCAGGAGGGAGACCUUCACCUCCUGUGGGAAGCCCUGGCCAAGAAACGCCGAAUGAGCCGGGAGCCCACCUUGGAUUCCAUCAGUGAGGUGCCUGAAGAGGAUGAGAAACUUCAGAAGUUGAGGAAGGAGGAAGCAGAGAUGUCUCACUAUUACUCAGAAGAGUACUCUACGUGCGAUGAGCUGGCUAGGACAGGAGAAGCAGAUUUCUCUUUCACAAGCUCAGAUGAUGAGUCUAGAGCUGGAACUCCUUCACUGGUAAACUACCUCAAGAAAGCUGGGAAGACAAGUGUCAGUGUUACUAGCAAGGUUCAGUCCAUCUCCACAGGUAAAUUAUGGAAACAGUGGGAGAAAUCCAGUGUGGAGACUGUUGUGUCUGCCCCAGCUGCUCAGCCAGCUGAACCAGAAAUGCCAGAUUUAGAUGAUCCUUCUAUGAACAAGGCCGCUGUGAAGAUCCAGGCUGCUUUCAAAGGCUACAAAGUCAGGAAAGAGAUCAAGCAACAAGAGUGCCCAGUCUUUACUGAGACCUUCAAAGAUUUCUCUGGUGAGCCUGGAAGCACUCUCCACCUCGAGUGUGUGGCCCACAGCAAAAGUGACAUGAAAGUCCGAUGGCUGAAAGAUGGGGAAGAGCUUUCAGACGGCCGCUACUACCACAUAGACAAUUACAGUGAUGGGACCUGCUCUUUGAUUAUCACUGGCCUGGACAGGAAAGAUGCCGGUAAAUACACCUGUGAGGCAUCCAAUAAAUUUGGCAAGGUUUCACACAGUGCUAAGGUGGCUAUUGGCACUCAGGAAACUCAAGUUCUUCAUAAGGAGAAGCAGGUUAAACCCAGCACUGACAGUGAGACAGAGAGCUCCUCUGGCAGUGAGCUGGAUGACGCUUUCCGUAAAGCGGGAAGGAGACUUCAUAGACUCUUCAGGGCCAAGAUCUCAACAGAGAUAUCUGAUGUGGAGGAAGAGCUCUUUGUCAGUGCAGAUGAAGGGGACAUAGAGGUGGUCGACCACCAGACAUAUCGUGAGGAUGACCAGUACAUCUACAUCAAGUUUGAAAUCUUGUCUGAGGCAAAAACUGCUGCCACUACAUUCAGAGAGAUGUUUGGUGCUCUGGGGAUUCCCGUGGAGAUUGACAUUUUGGAACAAGGCCCUAAAAAAAUUGAAUUGCGUAUUGGGAAAGCAACGCCACCCACCUAUGGGAAGUUUGCACCACCAGUAGUGAGACCUCCACCACCUUUGCUGACUUCUGAUACAGCUCCCAUGUUCAUGACUGAGCUCCAAAACCAAGAAGUACAAGAUGGAUACCCAGUCAGCUUUGACUGCAUCGUCGUUGGCAAACCGCUCCCCACGGUUCGCUGGUUCAAGGAUGGGAAAGCUAUUGAAGAAAACGAUCAUUACAUGAUCAACGAAGACCAGGAAGGGUGCCAUCAGCUGAUCAUCACGGCUGUGGUCCCCACUGACAUGGGGGUUUACCGUUGCCUCGCUGAAAACAACAUGGGAGUUGCUUCAACCAAGGCGGAGCUUCGAGUGGACUUGACCAGCACGGACUAUGAGACAGCAGCAGAUGCAACAGAGACAUCCUCUUACUACAGUGCCAAAGAAUAUAUUUCAAGCCGAGAACAGGAGGAAUCUACCACUGAGGAGGAGCAAUUGCCCCAGAUCUUCGAUGAGCUUCAUGAUAUUCACGUGGCACCUGGAGCAUCACUGGCUAAAUUUCACCUGAAGGUGAAAGGGUACCCACAGCCUCGUCUCUAUUGGUUCAAAAACGGACAGCCAUUAAAGCCCUCGGAUCGCAUCCUUAAGACUGAUAAACAGGAAUUCCACUCACUGGAAAUUCGUGACGUCACUAAAGCAGAUGCUGGCCAGUACUCAAUAUUUGUCAUCAACUCUGCUGGUUCCGCAUAUUCGUCGGCCAGGCUGGUAGUCAAAGAUCCUGACGAGAAAGAAGAGCCAUCAGAAACAGAUUCCCGUGAGCAGCUGAUACCACCAAGGUUCCUAGAAAGAUUUACUAACAAAAAGGUGAAAAAAGGUGCGAGCAUCACAUUGUCUGUCAAAGUGGAAGGAUAUCCACCACCAACUAUUACUUGGCUGAAAGAAGUGUCUCGGGAAGACAUCCUGUGGAUCAAACCAGACACGCCUGGAUAUAAACUUGCCAGUUCGAAUAUGCAUCACAGUUUAAUUCUGUUGGAUGUUAAAAAGAAGUACAGCGGAGCUUAUACGUGCAUUGCUACCAACAAGGCUGGCCAGUCCAUCUGCACUGCCAACCUGGAAGUUGCAGAUGUGAAAGAGGCCGAAGUUCUGACCCAAGAGCGUGUGAUGGUGUCAGAAGCCAUCAUGACCACACUGGGAGCUAUUCAUCCUUCUGAAACAAGAGAAGGAGACCUUGAAGCUGGUAGAGAGGGUGUACCCAAAAGCCCUAUUUCUUUAGCUGAUGUUGGCUCAGAAGAGUUCUUCCAGAAACUCACCUCCCGUAUCUCAGAAAUGGUAUCUGCAAAAAUAAGUCAGGCUACACUUCGAGUGCCAGGAGCAGAAAGUGAUGAUGAGUCAAAAACUCCCUCUGCAUCUCCUCGCCAUGGGCGAUCCAGACCUUCAUCCAUUGCUCAGGAGUCCUCCUCUGAGUCUGAAGAUGGGGAUUCCAGAGGAGAGAUCUUUGAUGUCUACAUGGUCACAGCUGACUACGUGCCCGCUGCGCCUGACAGAGAGACCAUCACUUUGAAGGAAGGCCAAUAUGUGGAAGUCCUUGAUUCAGCUCAUCCUUUGAAAUGGCUGGUCAGGACUAAACCCACGAAAUCUAGCCCCUCUCGACAGGGUUGGGUAUCCCCAGCUUAUCUGGACAAGAAAUUAAAGAUGUCACCAGAGUGGGGAACAACAGAAGCUCCUGAGUUCCCUGGGGAGUUUGUUUCUGAAGAUGAAUAUAAAAGGAAGCUAAGCGUUCUUAUUCAAGAACUGUUGAUCUCAGAAGAGGAUUACAUUCAAGACCUACAGUUCCUCCAGACUCAUCACCUUAGGUUUACUGAGACCUGUCCCAAUGUCCCAGGAGCUGUCGCCAGUCAGAAAUCCACCAUCUUCAGAAAUAUUGAUGACAUUACUCGCUUCCAUUCCAGUGUCUUUCUCCGAGGCUUGCAGAAAUGUGACACUGAUGAUGACGUGGCCAUGUGCUUUAUCAAGCACGAAGCAGAGUUUAACAAGUACAUCCAGUACCUGGUGGGGAGGGUACAGGCUGAAUCGAUCGUUGUCAGCAAAGCUGUCCAGGAGUUCUACAAGAGAUACACAGACGAAAUUUUAAUGAAUGAAGAUCCUUCACAGCCACUUAUCCCACCACUGCAGCACUACCUGGAAAAACCCAUAAACAGGAUCCAGCAGUAUCAGACUAUAAUCAAGGAAUUAAUCCGAAACAAAGCAAGAAAUAGCCAAAACUGCACUUUGCUGGAGCAGGCUUAUGCCAUCGUGUCUGCACUCACCCGAAGAGCAGAAAACAACCUCCAUGUGUCACUCAUUGAGAAUUAUCCGGGGACCUUGGAAAGCCUUGGUGAACCCAUCCGACAGGGACACUUCAUUGUGUGGGAAGGAGCUCCAGGAGCUAGAAUGGCGUGGAAAGGACACAAAAGACAUGUCUUCCUCUUCAAAAAUUAUAUUGUGAUCUGCAAACCAAAGAGAGACACAAAGACAGACACCUACAGUUACAUCUUCAAGAACAUCAUGAAGCUGAACAACAUAGAUGUGAACGACCUUGUGGAAGGGGAUGACCGGGCAUUUGAGAUCUGGCACGAACGAGAAGACUUGGUCCGCAAGUACCUCCUUCAGGCACGUACAGUGAAUAUCAAGAACUCCUGGGUGAAGGAGAUCUGUGGCAUACAGCAGCGGAUCAGCGAGCCUGUCUGGAUACCUCCAGACUUUGAGGAAGAGCUGGCCGACUGUACAGCUGAGCUGGGAGAGACAGUCAAGCUGGCUUGCAAAGUCACCGGAGCUCCCAAGCCAUCUGUCAGCUGGUACAAAGAUGGAAAGCCCGUGGAGGUGGAUCCCCAUCACAUUAUAAUAGAAGAUCCUGACGGUUCCUGCACAUUGAUCUUGGACAACCUAACUGGUGUUGACUCGGGACAGUACAUGUGCUUUGCUUCCAGUCCUGCUGGAAAUGCCAGUACCUUGGGAAAGAUCCUUGUUCAAGUGCCACCACGCUUUGUGAACAAGGUUAGAAAUGCUUAUUUUGUUGAGGGUGAAGAUGCCCAGUUUACCUGCACUAUCGAAGGAGCACCUAGGCCUCAAAUCAGGUGGUACAAAGAUGGUGUAAUGUUGAAGGACACAAGUAAAUACCAGACUUUCAGUGAACCAAGGAGUGGCAUAAUAGUCCUGGUGGUCAAGAACCCUUCCAAUGAAGAUAUGGGACACUAUGAAUGUGAGCUGGUGAACAGAUUAGGGUCUGCAAAAAGCGGAGCAGAACUUUACCAUCACAGCGCUGCAGCCCUGACCCAGGAGAGGAGAGGAGACCAAGCCAUUACCAUAGAAGGAAUGACUUCCCCACAGUCAGAGAUGGAGAAUUCUGUCCAGGCCUCGCUUCAGCGUGCUGAUAAGGAGAUCAAGACAGCUCUAAAAAAACUCGUGGACUCGGCAUCACUGCUGGUGACUCUUCCCCCAGGCAUGCGAGGAGGAGCCAGUGGCCUUGGCCUUCCUGGGUCUGUUCCUUCAGACCACUCAGAAACAGCAGCCAGGCCCUCUGUGCUAGUUCAUGAAGCCAGUACCCAAACCCAGACUGCUGCAGGUCAUGGCAAAGCACAAAGGCAGAUUCCAGCUGAAGAAACAAGUGUGCCAAAGCCCAGCCCCGGUCCUCCCUGUGAUGACACGGCUGCCAGAGAUGAAAGCACUCAGGAGCGCACCGUUCCUAUUACCAGAACAUCACCAGCUGCAGGGGCAGGCGACUGGUACGGAAGAGAAGGAGAUGCGGUCUGGGACAUACACAGUGAAGUUUAUAUUGAGACCACAGAAAGAACCUGCGUGUAUAAAACUGAGCAGAAGACCCCAACAAGUCCUCCCUACAUGCAAGUGACAAUAGAGGAUGUGCAGGUGAAUGCUGGGGAGCGUGCCAAAUUUCAGGCAGUCAUUGAAGGAACCCCUCAGCCUACCGUUUUGUGGUUUAAGGGCACGUCAUUGCUGACAGACAGCAACAGGCUCCAUCAAGGGAACGAAGGAACAGCGUAUUUCUUAGUGGUGGACAACGCUGCCUCGGAAGAUGGUGGUGUUUAUACCUGUGUUGCCAAAAAUGCAGGAGGGGAGGUGUUGUGCAAAGCAGAGCUUAUCGUACGUGAAGCUAAGAAAGACCAAGCAGAAAAGAAAGUGGCCACCAGGAGAAAGCUCCAUUCCCUUUAUGAGGUUAAGCAGGAGAUUGGAAGGGGCUGCUUCAGUUUUGUGAAACGAGUUGUACAUAAAGGGAACAGAGUGUCUUGUGCUGCCAAAUUCAUACCUCUACGAAGCAAAACAAAGGCUCGAGCACACCAAGAGAGGGAUAUUCUUGCCUCUCUGUCCCACGACAGAAUCACCAGGCUCCUGGAUCAGUUUGAAACGCGGAAAACACUGAUUUUGAUUCUGGAGUUAUGCUGCAGCGAAGAGCUCCUCGACCGUUUAUUCAAGAAGAGUGUCGUCACUGAAGCAGAGGUCAAAUUGUAUAUCAAGCAAAUUCUGGAAGGAAUCAAAUAUCUUCAUGACAACAACAUCCUUCAUUUGGACAUUAAGCCGCUGAAUAUCCUCAUGGUUUAUCCUGAAAGGGAAGACCUUAAGCUCUGUGACUUCGGAUUUGCUCAGAAGAUCACGCCCUUUGAGCCUCAGUUCAGCAAAUACGGGUCUCCGGAGUUCGUUGCCCCAGAAAUUGUUUCUCAGUCACCCGUGUCAAAAGCAACCGAUAUCUGGGCUGUUGGAGUCAUCACAUAUUUAAGCCUGACAUGCAAGUCUCCGUUUGCUGGGGAGAACGACAGAGGAACCCUUCUAAACAUCCAGAACGGGGAAAUUUCAUGGACCAUUCCUGAUUUUGUUCACUUGAGUGAAGACGCAAAGGACUUUAUAAAAGGGAUCCUACAGCAGCACCCCACAGCCAGGCCUAGUGCUUUGGAGUGUCUUUCCCACAAGUGGUUCAUGCAUAAUCUCCCCCUUGAAGCAGCUCAUUUCAUUAAUACCAAGCAGCUCAAAUUCAUUGUGGCUCGGAGCAAGUGGCAGAGGUCUCUGAUGUGCUAUAAAUCCAUACUGGUAAUGCGGUCUAUCCCAGAAAUCCUAGAAAGGACUCAUGACAACACAUCCCUGGCCAUUUCCCGACAUCUCAUUGAAGAAAGUACUUCAUCCAGUACCAGCGGUUCCUCUUCAGACAAUGAGAACUCGCAUUUCCCCAAGAAGAGACACUUUGGCUCCACACCCGAACUUCACUUGUCCAUAUUUGAUGCACCAAGCCAUCAGGAGCCUCCAAAGCAUGCAACUGAAGAGAAGCACUCCAAAAUCUCAGACCCUCCAGUAAAACCCAUGAGGAGGAAGUAUGCUUCAAUGAAAGCUGAGGCAGGGGAUAAAUCGCCUACAGAGAGCAAAGAGCUCAUGGCAAGUAUCUUGAAGGAGAAAGAGGAGGGGCUCCAUCCUAGACUUCGUGAUGAAAGAGCAGAGCAGUCUCAAAGAAGCAGUGCUGCUGAGCCUUCAUCAGUGACGACUUCCACAGAAAGCACAUCGCAUCUGGGUCAGAAAGAAAAACCAGACAUAUUUUUAUCUGAUAAGGACAGAAUUGAAAAGGCUGGGGACGUGACAGAAAAGCCAUCUGUCUGUGUUCCUAGACAGAGUGUCAUUAAAAGCACUUUCUACAGCCAAGCAGCUGAGCUACCUGCAAGGGGGCCUUCUUCACCGGGCAGGGAGUUCAGAAGGCACCUGGACAGAGCCAGAAGGACUUUCUGGAAAGCUGGAUAUUCGAAGGUGCCCCUCAGUGGUCUCCGUGAACCCCUUCUAGAGCAGUUCGAACUGGAAGAAGAAGAAGGAAAGUUUGACGAUGGAGAUGAUCGCAGGGAAAGUCUCCUUGGUUCCUUGACCAAAUCGGCUUCGUUUGACACUGCAAGGAAACCACCACAUCCUGCCAUUGCUGGUGCUAGCCGAAGCCGUUCCCUGGAUGACUACAGGUUGAGAGCUUCAAGAUCAGUGAGGGAACAAGAUAUUUUGGAAGAAGACUAUGAUAUAAUGUCACAGGAAAGUUGCCCUGAAGGCAGUGGCCACUGUGACAUUUCUGCAGGGCCUGGCAAGGAAUGUUCUGUAGACACUUCAAAGCAAGAGGACUUUAGGAGAGCCAGCAAGGAUUGCUCAGAAGAGCUGCCCUCUCCUUCCACACAGUGUGAGGGUAAUGGGUGCCCGUCCAUUUCUGUGCAACAGCUAGAGAGACUUCCAGUGUCACCUCAUGGGAGUGAGAAUAAGAAACAUCUACUGAAGAAGUCAAAAGCUACUUACAUUCAGGAGGAAGUUGAAGAUUUGGAAGGCAAAAGCCCUGUUCUAACUCUCCAGUGCUCAGAUGUAACUGCAUCAUCAGCUCAAAAACAUGAAAGCGUGGAGGCUAAAUCUUCCCCUGGGAGUGCCUCUGACACUGCUUUUCAGGAUGGGAAAGAGUCUAUUUCAACUCUCACACAGCUGGAGACCACCUCCAAGUCAGCUCUGACAAGUACGGGAAGUGUGUAUCUGCCUCAGGAGUCCACUCACAGAACCGACAUCCAUCCGGAUUUAAAAGGUGGAAGCUCACUUAUCAAAAGGACAGCCCCAGUUCUACCUUGGAAAGACAAAAGGCAGAAACAUUCACAUGAAAAGACUUCUGCUCCUAGUGUUGCUGAAUCUGACCUCAUGGAGCAUGAAAGCUCUGCUGUUUUGACAGGCCCACAGACAGAAACCGAUUCACUUCCAGUAUGUAAAGACAAAAGUCAGGAAAUUCCAGGUAAAAAUGUUCCAGCAACUACAGCCUUGGUGGACAAACGGCCAGGUACCCUAACUCCUCUGCACACAGCUGAUGAAGGUGAUCAUCAGAAGCUGAAGACCUAUAAAGAGGUGAGAUCUGCUCUCCUGGAGGAUGAAGGACCAGGUAUUACAGGAAUCGCUUCACCGUCAGCCCAUGAUGGUGAAAGCCAAACACACAAGAGGGCUCUUGUUCACAUAGACACAGCAUCAGCCGUCCUGAAGGGAGAGCAUCUUGUUGUUCCAAAAGUCCCACCACAAAAAUUAAUGCCAACUUCGGUCUCCGAUGGAGUAUGGCAGGCUGAAACAGAAUGGCCAGCUCAUAGCAAGGAGAGGCCUGCUGCUCUGAGGAGUGAAAGCUCAGCUGUCGCAGAGCUUGUUCCCGGUUUGGCCCAUGAGGCUGAAAUCAAGGCAGCAGAAGCCCAGAAGGUUUCUAAAGGCAGUGGAACAGUCCCUGCUGUUCUGGAGAGCAGACAUCCAGCUAGAACUGUGUCCUCCCAAGAUACUGGCCUCCCUUCAGCCUCCCAUGAAAAGCAAAAACAUCCAAAGGCAUCACUUGUCAGUGAGGUGAGAUCUGUCGUGACACCAAGUGGAAGCCGAGCAGCUGGACAGACUAUGCCUGCUCCUCUCCUCAAGGCUGGACAACAGGCUUUUGAGCAACACCGGGUGGCCUAUCCCAGUGGCAGAGCUUCUGCUGCUCUGGAGGGUGAACCUCCAGAUGACUCAACUGCUUCACAACCAGAAGUUGCUCCAGCUUCAGUCCGUGAGCUAGAAUAUGAGGAAUAUCCAAAGGUUUAUGGUGAAGGUAGAGGUGUUGCCUUAGAAAGUGGAAGCUGUGAUGCUGGAAAAACUGUCCCAACAUCACUUCACAGGGAUCAAAGUCAGGAGCUCUCACAUCACAGGUCUUCUUUUUACAGUGAUGAGGAGUCUGCUGCACUGGAGGGCUUAGUGGAUGAGAUGGUUUCCCUCUCUGAAGAGAUGAAUGUUUGGGCAGAGUCAGUUUCUAGUGAAGAGGAAUGUGGAAAGCACAUCUCUCCUCCCACCGAGAUGUUCUACAAAGGCCCAGGUAGCCAAGCACCUAUGGACACCUCCUUCCCUCCUGUACAAGGGGGUAAAAGAGGAGAAGUCUCUGACCUGGAAAACCUUGCAAAACCCCAUCUUGCCAUGAGUGAGGAGUCAGUAGUACUGGGAGGGCAGGGAACACAGAAGGUUCCUCGUGAAUGUGAGCAUCUAGAGGAAUUAGCGUUUGAGAGCCCCACUUCUAGCCAAGUGAGCGCUUCCUCAACAGAGAGCUUGGAUGCUGGAAAAAGACCCAGUCAAGUGUCAGUGUGCAAGGACAUUGGUAAACACCCAGAAGUUUCUUUAGUGAAAAUCAAAGACCUGUCAGAUGAAACACCCAGCCUUGGCAGUGGAACUCCAAAGUUUGACAUAUCGGAGGUAGAGCCUGCCUAUUUGAAUUUCUCUGACUUGUAUGACAUUGUCUAUUUUCCAUUCGAAUUUCUGAACUAUAAGAAGCCUUCGCCUAAACCAACUGGUAGAAGAUUUAUACCUUUUGGUGAAAGGGCAAGGUCACCUCCUGCAGGACACUUGCAUAAGGAUAAAAGACUGUGCAUCAGAGAAGAGUCAGAGGACAAGAACAGGAAGAACCGUUUGGAAAUAUCUGAGGAUUCAAAGACCAUGGGGAAAGGGUCAGAGAGUCAUAAGGAAAUGUAUGGCCCCCAAAAAGACUCAAGUGGUAAGCAGAAAAGCUCCUUCUACAACAAGCCAGGACUCUUUAAGCCGUAUGCCAGGUCUCAUUCAGUGGAGCAAUCAGUGGAGCAGAGUCUGAAGAAGAAAGUAAAAGCCUCUGUUGCCCAUAUUUCAAGAAUCCUAAAAGGAAAGACAUCUCCUGAGCCAGAAGCAGAGGAAGAGUUUGGCGAGCUGGGAAGUGAGGCAGUAGAAAAAGAGCUGUUAACAGGGGCUGAAGGAUCUCUGAAGAGGAAAUCGGGCCUCCCUUCAUUCAAGUUAUCAAGCCUCAUGCCUAAGGAGAAAGCACCUUUGUUCGUUGAGGAGCUGAUCGAUCAAGCUGCUGCUGUCGGACAGUGCGUGACGCUGUCGUGCCGGACGGCACCUCACUCCUCCCUGCACGUCAACUGGUUCAGAGACGGGAUAGCUGUCCAGAGCAGCAGCCGCAUCCUCAUCUCAGCCACACUCAAAAACUUCCAGCUGUUAACUAUUCUCUCUGUUAGCGCUGAUGAUUUUGGUAUUUACACCUGCGUGGCCACAAACUCCCUGGGCUCAGCAUCCACCUCCUGCAUCAUAAGAAAAGCAGAGGUUCCUCCCAGCCCUCCACCCCCUGACAUCGUGGAGGUCUACCAGGAUGGAGUGCAGGUGGUCUGGAAACCGGUGGAAACCAACAUCCCCAUCCGUUACACUGUCCAGUGCAAGAGCGAAGAUGGGGAGUGGACGACUCUUGCUGCCGACAUCGCUGACUGCUGCUACUAUGCCAAAAAUCUUUCCAGGGGGUUUAUCUACUGCUUCAGGAUAGCCUGCACCAGUAAAGCGGGAAUGGGCCCGUACAGCGACCCAUCUGCCAAAGUGAAAAUCACUGGGAAGGAUCAAAUGGAGCUUCGUGCUGCAACGCAGCACUUCCCAUCAGCUGCUACUGAAGAAGAGAGCGAGAUAAUCGCACCAUCCGAGCCUUUCCCAACCUACCAGACCUACGCCUUCCAAACAGAGAUCAAAAGGGGGCGUUUCAGCAUCGUCCGACAGUGCAGGGAGAAAGUGAGCGGCAAGACUUUAGCUGCUAAAAUUAUCCCUUACUGGCAAGAGGACAAGCAGACUGUGCUCCUCGAGUACCAAGUCCUGAGGAAACUUCAUCACACAAACAUAGCUCAGCUGAAGGGAGCCUACGUCAGCCCACGGCACUUAGUGUUGAUCCAGGAGAUGUGCGUGGGACCGGAGCUGCUCCACUCUUUGGCAUUACGGACAUCGUACUCAGAAGUGGAGGUCCGAGAUUACCUGUGGCAGAUCCUCAGUGCCAUUGAGUAUCUCCAUGCGCACGGCAUCCUGCACUUGGAUCUCAGAUCUGAAAACAUGAUCAUCACCGAGCCCAACCUGCUGAAACUCCUGGAUUUUGGCAAUGCACAGUUCUACACACAAGACAAGGUUAUUACUAUGGACAAGUGCAUGGACUAUGUUGAAACCAUGGCUCCAGAACUGCUGACAGAGCAAGGAGCCCUCCCGCAGACUGAUAUCUGGUCCAUCGGAAUCACAGCCUUCAUCAUGUUGAGUGCCAACUACCCCGUCAGCUCCGACAUACCCUGUGAGUUUCUGAGGACGGCCAGGAAGGGGAAAGUGAAGCUCACGAGGUGCUACGCGGGUCUCUCUGGGGGAGCAGUGUCGUUUCUCCAGAGCACGCUGUGUGCAAAUCCUUGGGGAAGGCCAUCAGCCUCAGAGUGCCUUCAGAGCCCAUGGCUCCAGGAGACAGGUUUGGACAACAGGCAGCAGGCUCUGGUUACCUUCCCUACCACCAAACUGAGGAAUUUCCUCACCGAACGGGAAAAGAAAAGGGGCCUACUGUGCUCCAAGUAUGGCCUCAUGAUUGCACAGUGACAUGGACGUAACGACAGAUGUGAAUUGUCUCCCUCUCCCCUUCUGAACUUAGUGUUUGGUACCAAAGAGUCCUGCCAAGUUGCUGUGCAUCAGCUGAGCUGGGGUAACUGCUCUGAGCAAAAUGUUGAGAACAUUAAUCCAUAUUAUGUGCAUUGGCACAAGGUAAGAAGAGAAAUACAGACCUAACAUGGCUCAGCUGACUAACGGUAACUUGACAGUACGUGUGUCACUUGGCUGCACGCUUCCUGGAAUAAACAGGAGAGAUUGGCAUAGCCGUUUCUGCAUGGAACUAGCUACCAGCCCCAAGCAGCUUUGCAAAUCCUUCCCUGAGGUCAGAAGGACUCCACGCACGCAAAUGCUGGGCGCUGACUUCUGCCCCUGGCCCAGGACGUGAUGACCAGACGUGCUUUCAGAUGGUACGGCACUGCUCAUCCCACAGUGACCAACACAGCAAGGUCUGAGUGACUGGUGGGUUUCCCACCUGCCUCCAAUCCAAAAGAAUUCAGUGACCAGUUAUGAUGGGAAAAUAGGGAAGAGUGAAGCACUUUUUUAGGAAAGGCUGAUGUUAGACAGCUAUGUAUCUUCAGGCUGUGGGUUUAGAGGUCCAACUAGAUAAAGCCCUGAGCAAACUGCUCUGAGCUGAUAGCUGACCUUGCUUUGAGCAGAAGGUUGGUCUAGAGACCUCCUGAGGCCCCCUCCCAACCUGAUUUAUCCUGUCAUCCUAUGUCCUUGCCAAGUGCCAGACACAAGGCUGGAGUGGUGGGACUCUGCUAGCAUCCAUCAGCAACCAGGCUCAGCAUGUCGCUUACCUGGCCAAGUUCUCCACCAUCUCCACGAGGCUGGAGGAGAGAUCUUCUAGCUGUGGACCAACAAGAGGCUUGCAAAGGGAGGAGGCAUGUGUUACCUGUGUGACAGUAGUACCACAGAGCUUUUCAUACUCUGUGAGGAAACUCACUCCUGCACAAGUGACAAGGAACAAGAAGGGCCAGUGUCCAUCAAAGCAGCCUUGUAGCUCGACCCUGUGGUACAAGGUGUGUACAGGGAGGGGAGCAGCAAUGGGGCUUUCUGGUAACUGAUUAAUUGCACAUCUUCCUCAUCCUACUCCUGCAAGAGACCACAGUUUGCUUGUCUUUGGGAAGGGUUAAUGGCCCAAGUUGACCCUCCGUAUGCCACUCCUCUUGGGCAGCCCAUCUCCUGCUCUCUUAGAGCCCAGCCCGCUGCUUGGUGAGCUGUGUGGCUCCAUGGAAGGUCACCAUCUCUCCAUGGGCGCCUGCACUGUCGUGUCUGCAGAGCUGACCAAGCUCCUCAAAGGUUUCAGGGUUUGAAAACACCACAAAACUUGUUUUUUGGGGCAUGUAUUUGAAGUCUCCCAUUAGACCUAGAUGACAGACUUACCUAUCACAAAAGAUCUUACCAUAACACUUCACCUGUUUGACUGUGUCUGCAUCAAUUAUAUUAAAAAUGUGUUAAUUACAAACAUACAGAAAUAACUCUUGAAGAAACCAAGCUGUGACUUGGUGCAUGGGUAUCUCUGGGAAAGAUGUUCCCUAUGGCCAGGAUGCCGGCACACGGAGCGUUUAGUUGUACGGCUUUCUUCGCAAGUGGGGCUACAAUGGGCAUGUGCAGAAAGCCUUUUCUCAGCCCAUCCAAGACUGCCAGACGGUGGUGCGAGGGGCUCGUUGUAGCCUUACUUUGCUCCCCGUCGAAAAUGCUCCCCUGUCCUGCCUGGCUUCACUGCCUUUGGAUCGGUGCAUCCUGCCUGUCACGGGGCAUUUCAGCAUAUGCCGUGACCUGCUGGGAAUAACUUGGCCACCGGACAUUAAAGGCAGCAAAUGCAGUAGUGACCAUGCCGUUGUUAUAUGCAGAUGUUGUACCACUAAGGGGCUUUGCCCCUUUGAAGCCGGGCUGCUCCUCUCUGGGAAGGGCAUCUACCAGGAGACGUGGCAGCAGCGUCACUGGGAAAUCUUGCGUGUUUUAAUUCUUCAGAACAAUCCUCAAAUUUCAGGUUCCUCUUUCUCCUUCAAAAUCUGCUUUCCUUUGCAAUGGAUGGUGUUAGCUGUGUCAUUGCUUUUUACUUAUAACCUCGGUGUUCCUUUGAGUUUCUCUGAAGUGAAUGAUGUAUCUAUUGGUGCCGUUGAGUUUCUUCAAUUUUCCUUACAAGCAGCGGUAAGCGGAGGCUUUCUCAGAGCUGUAUCUGGCUGCGUUUAGAGGAACAUGGAUGGGAAAUCAGUUUCUAAUGCAUCACAGUUUAAUAUUAGAGGUGAUGCCGUUGAACCAGGGGUGGUCUUUCCCAACACAUUUAACCCAAAUUGUUCCAAACCUGAAGCAUGCAGCAUGACGACUCCUUCCCUUGCACGAUGUGCAGAGCAGGAAUUGUAACUGAGAGCAGAGAAGCUUUCACUGUGCUGCUGAGCGCAGACACCAAUUCAAUAGGCUGUAAAGCUUUGAACGUCAACAUAAUAUUGUCUUCACUAUGCAAAAUCAAGGUCUUAGGGACAGAUUCUGUGCUUAGUUCUCCUGGGGGAUGGAUAGAGGAGCCACACGAGACAGACACUGCAAUGAGCUCUGCCCCCGCAGUGACUUUUUCAAGCCCCUGGAUUCCUUCCAAUUUAGUUUCUUUUACAAACCCACCCAAUAAGGUUUCUGUUGGCACAGGUUAGUUCUUUACUCUUCCUGGUACACUUUGGGAUGGGAAGCUGAGUGCCAGGGGACAACCCAUCUAAGCAUAAAUCUUAAUUGCAGAUUAACUCAUUUGGAGCUUUGACACUCUUCCGUAUAUGACUCAAAUGAAGUGAUCUUUAUUUUAUUCUAUUUUUGCUUCUCACAACUGCAUGCAUUGGAGCAUGUCUGAAGUCUUUUCUAGACUCAAUACUGUUUGGUUAAAUAAACCACUCUGACAAGAAAGUAAAGCCAAAUUUUUCUGCCGA